AUGAAUCACUACACAACAACAUCAAGUACAAUAAAUUUCAGUCUUUCAGCAUACCAAGCAUUCCUUAACUCCGAAAACAACAAUAGUAUAACAUUAAGUGAUGUCAACUUCACGACAACCUUGGAGCCAAUUCAUCGCGGCCCUCCAACUUCUCCUUACAAUGUCACACAAAUGAUAAUUAUAGGAAUUGUUUUUACUAUUCUUGCCCUGCUCACUGUCAUUGGAAAUUUCAUGGUGAUGUUAUCGUUUAAAAUUGACAAACAGUUGCAAACAAUCAGCAAUUACUUCCUGUUUUCGCUUGCAAUCGCUGAUUUAGCUAUAGGCAUGAUAUCAAUGCCACUUUUUACAGUUUCAACAAUCUUGGGACAUUGGCCUUUGGGACCGUUCGUUUGCGAUACCUGGCUAGCUUUAGAUUAUUUAGCUUCGAAUGCUUCCGUGUUAAAUCUUCUUAUCAUUUCAUUUGAUCGUUACUUUUCUGUUACACGCCCGUUAACUUAUCGUGCCAAACGAACAACUAACAGAGCAGCAAUUAUGAUUGCAUCAGCAUGGGGUAUCAGUUUGUUGCUGUGGCCACCAUGGAUUUACAGCUGGCCAUACAUCGAAGGAAAGCGAACUGUACCCGAAUACGAAUGUUACAUUCAGUUCAUUGAAACCAAUCAGUACAUUACUUUCGGUACAGCAAUUGCUGCUUUCUACGUUCCAGUGACGGUUAUGUGCUUUUUGUAUUACCGAAUAUGGCGCGAAACGAAGAAGCGUCAAAAAGAUUUACCCAAUCUUCAAGCAGGAGGUGGUGGAGGCCAUCAAAGUAUCAAAAAGGAUUCGUCAAAACGUUCCAACUCGAGCGAUGAAACUUCUACAAUAAAUCAUCAGAUUGGCGAAUAUAUUGAUCCAAAUUUUUGGCAUCCGCCGCAUUUGGCAGGCGACAACGAAAGCAAUAAUUAUUUUUCAGGUGCACAUCCACAUUCUAUCCACGAUUUGUCAAGACGCACAAGUACAAAGCCCAAUAAUUUCAAAUCAGAUUCAGUGGUCGAAAGCAUCAAGAAUUGGUGCGUUGCAUGGUGGCAUUCGGGACAAGAAGAAGAUUCAUUUGAGGACUUUAAUGAUUGGUAUGAUGGUGAAGGCGAACCAUCAUAUGCUGAAUAUGGCACACCCUGCAGUGCAGAAACGCCUGUUCAAAGCUCUGUUUCACGAUGCACAUCGUUAAACAUUAUACGUGACCCUUACGCACGCGGCAGUUUCUGUCCAUCAACCAGCAACGAUUCACCUUCAACAUUUGUUAAGAAUCGUCAACAGAAUCUUGUCGCAACACAAUCAAAUAGCAUUGGCAUGAAAAAUCCCGAGAAAACUCCUCCAUCUAACUUGAAGCGAAGCCUUUCGCAAGAUUCUGUUUACACGAUUUUAAUAAGACUGCCCAUUGAAGGUGGAAGUGAUUCCGCUCGUCCCAGUACCGACAACACUGAUCGUGACGCAAAACUUCCUUCCAUUAAAAUGUUUUCCGAAGAUCCCAACCUACCCAAAAUCAUGAUGUCUAAAACGGGCGAUGAUUUUGGCACAUUGAAGAAGGGCGAAAAGGAUCCAUUUGCAAUAAACACGCCACAUCAAUCAUACGAAUUUAAUAGUCGACUUCCAUUAAAUGCCAAAAUUAUUCCUCGUAAAACGGUGCUGACGACAAGAGAAAAGGCUCAACAGAAAGCCGCUCUCAACAAGAAGAAAAAGUCACAAGAGAAACGACAAGAAUCGAAAGCAGCAAAAACACUUUCAGCCAUUUUGUUAUCGUUCAUCAUCACAUGGACACCUUACAAUAUUUUAGUUCUCCUUAAGCCGAUCACAUCUUGCACAAAGUGUAUACCUCAAGAAUUGUGGGACUUUUUCUACGCUCUUUGUUAUCUAAACUCAACAAUAAAUCCGGUUUGUUAUGCUCUUUGUAAUGCUUCUUUCCGUCGAACGUACGUUAGAAUUUUGACAUGUAAGUGGCAAUCGAGAAAUCGCGAAGGAAUUUCGCGUGGUGUUUACAACUAA